AGUGGAGGAGCAGCUGAUCUUUUUCCAGGAGAAAUGAUGGAAAGGAGGAUUUGAGUUGAUGUGCAGAUGAAUGAUUUGUGUUUCCUCUCCAGGUGAAAGUGGAUGUGAGUUGAGCAGCAUGAGUCAGUGUGAGGACAGAGAGGAGGGAGUCCCUCCCUCUAAAAGCACUCUGUGUGGGGAACAUGACAGCCAGACCAAAGCUCAGAGCCCAGAGCAGCAGCAGGGACCAGACUCUGCUGGACCUGGACCUGGACGUGAGCCCAGCUGUGUGUCCUUCAAGAGUGACCGGUCAAAGCAUGGCUUGAUUGAUUUUAGAGGAGGACAAUCCUGUGCUGAAACUGGAGUCCACCAGGAGAGCUCAGAGGUUCCCAGUGGUCAGUCUGUCCAGCAGCAUCAAACACACCUGGACUCCAUAUUUAUGCUGCUGGAGGACAACAUUGUCACUUUUGUGAAGAACGAGCUGAAGAAGAUCCAGAAGGGUCUGAGUUCAGAUUACCCAGAAUGCUUAGAGAGUCAGAGGGAGGAUGAGGAGGUGUUGGACGGUGAGGAGGAAGAGCAGAGGAGGAGCAGCAGAGAGGCAUUUCUGAAGAUCACACUGCACUUCCUGAGGAGAAUGAAGCAGGAGGAGCUGGCUGAGCGUCUGCAGAGCAGAAGUCAUUCUGCAGUCUGUCAGCGUAAAUUUAAAUCUAAGCUGAAGAAGAAGUUCCAGUGUGUGUUUGAGGGGAUUGCUAAAGCAGGAAACCCAACCCUUCUGAACCAGAUCUACACAGAGCUCUACAUCACAGAGGGAGGGACUGCAGAGGUCAAUGAUGAACAUGAGGUCAGACAGAUUGAAACAGCAUCCAGGAAACCAGCCAGACCAGAAACAACCAUCAGACAAGAAGACAUCUUUAAACCCUCACCUGGAAGAGAUGAACCAAUCAGAACAGUGAUGACAAAGGGAGUGGCUGGCAUUGGGACAACAUUCAGGAAGUCAUUCUGCAGUCUGUCAGCGUAAAUUUAAAUCUAAGCU